AAAUUAAGCAAAUUCUCCAUCUUCCCUCCAUUGUUAGGGUUCCACAGCCGCGGAGAGAAACAGGUAGAUACCGAGAGUGGGACGAAUCAGCAGCGGCAAUGGGUCACUCGAACGUCUGGAACUCUCACCCCAAGAACUACGGUCCUGGCUCUCGCGCCUGCCGUGUUUGUGGCAACCCCCAUGGGUUGAUCAGGAAGUACGGGCUCAUGUGCUGCAGACAGUGUUUCCGCAGCAAUGCCAAGGAGAUUGGCUUCAUUAAGUACCGGUGAAGAUACAUCAGCUCGCUUUUAAGCAUACAUGAGGAUCUUGCUCAAGAGUGCGAUUUGAGUUAUAAGCUUUUCUGGUUUGGUAGCAACUUUGAAUUAUGUCCACUUAAAUCAUCUAGUGUUUGCUGAUGUUUAACCGAAUUUUGGAACUUGAAGCAUGAUACCUUCGGUUGCUUGAAAGUCUUCCAUUCUUUAUGCUUAUUUUGAUGAAUUACUCACCUUGUUGAGUUAUCGAAUUACUUUCUCGUAUUGUACACUGUUAUUACUAGUCUUUGGAUACAUCGAACUUCAUGGACCCUGGAGAGGUUAGAGAUCA